UGUGAAUCCUCUCAGAAUCCCAUCUUUUGAGUUAUAGCUGGUUAUUGGAACCAUUCACUGUAAAGGCAAACCCAGAGUUCUUACUGGACCCAAUUUCCCAUAGGUCCUUCGAGCCGGAUAGUAGAUUACUGUUGAAAGAUGCAAAACUCUGAGCCAGAUAGUGCGGUCCCCAGACCCCCACAAGUGGUUCCAUUCACAAUUUGUCUAAACCACUCAAGAAGGAGGAGGCAGAGGCGCCCUCUCGUGCCACAACGCUUAUCAGCCAAGAAACUGCACAAGAACAUAAGGUGUUGAAGGAAGAGUGGGAACGAAUGCAGGAGGACCUGCACCACACAUCCAGACAGGUGCCUAAACUGCACCAGAUCAACCAAGAGAAUGCAGCUUUGAGGCACCAGGCAAGCCAAAUACCUGGACUCGUUGCAGCACUACCGGCGAUUAAACAAGCCAAUGGCCAUGUCCAGCAACAGUUCCAAAAUUUGGUGACACUUAAACCUACCAUACGGCAGAUACCUAUCCCACAGUUGAAUAUCAUUCAAAAAUUACACCACAGGGUGAUUCAAGUUCCAGAUCCUCACCGAUCACCUGAGAUGUGAGAGGCCUUGCUUGUCAGAUUCCUUCGGCUACUCCAGGCAGCCUUACAGGGACACGAUGCUGGCCCUCACUAAGAUGUACGGGCAGCCGCACAUGCUGGUGUUGCAACGCAUUACAGAGUUGAUGGAUGGCCCGAAUAUCCAUUGUGGUGAUGUGAAAGCUUUUCGUCUGUUUGCUCUCCGUGUACGCUCACUAGUGGGCAUGCUGGAACAGUUAGGGACAAGAGGUCAAGUGGAGCUGCAGUGUGGUUCUCAUGUAUCUAGGUUACUUGGUAAGCUACCCCAUGACCUCUCUGCCAGCUUCAAGAGAUUUAUCCACCCCGUGAGAGUAGCAAUAUCCACUCUCAAGGACUUGGCUGAGUGGCUGGAAUAUGAGCUUGAGGUGCAAGAGGAUAGUUUGAAGGGUGCCAGGUACAGGAGAGAGAUGUCCUCCAACAGGAAGAAAAAGAACAGGAGAGACUCAAAGCACGCUAGCAAGACCACGCCCAUCCUACUGGGCACAGGGAAGGCCCAGGAUGGAAGGACUCCAGCCCCCUUGCCCGCUUCUGAGCCUCCAGUCAACCACCACACUAAGAGAAGCCAGCAACAGAAGAAAGAGAACCAUUUGAUGGAAGAAAGGAAAAAGAAAAAACAAGAAGAAAAGACAAAGAAGGACACUGCUCAGAAAAAGGCUGCUGAUCAGAAACCCAAAGUGCCAGAGCCCAGCCCCGGCCCACCCCACCACCUCCACCCUGCCAGCCCUACGCUGCCCCUCUCCUCCUCCUCUUCUUCUUCUUCUGGCAAUGGCAAGCGCGCCUCCUCCAGUAGCCAGCUCCCGACUCAGACUCCCCCUCAGCAGCAGUGCCAGUUGUCCUCUGCCAGUGCUCGCUACCCGCCCAGAGAGGUGCCCCCACGCUUCCGCCAGCAGGAGCACAAGCAGCUACUGAAGAGAGGCCAGCCGCUGCCUGCAGGAGCCUUCAGCGCUCUGACCCUCUCCUUCUCCUCCACUUCCUCCUCCUCAUCUUACUCUUCUUCUUCUACAAGUAUCAGCAGCACUACCCCAAACUCUGCCACGUCCACUGCGGGCAAACGCCACCCAGACACAUCCCUCCAGAGUGGCCCUGGUGCCCAGUAUGAGACCUCUCAUUGGGAAGCCUCAUUGCCAGUUGACAGCCCCUCCAGUGCCAACAGCUGGGACAAAGUGAUUAUUGACAAAAGUGACACAGAAACUUGGCCUUCCAUCAGAUGCAAUAGUGACCCCAGCAGCCCUGCAGCACCAGAAUGCCCAUUGAGCUCAGCUAGCUCUGACCUAGACACCAGUGCUGUCACAAACACAAAUAGUAGUAGUUUUCUGAGUAUGGCCACAGGUGCCGCAGGCCAGCAGGCCCACUAUCCCUCUCUCAAAGCUAACAAUAACAUGAUGACGGGACCUGGGUCAGCCAACACACUAGCUGGUAAUAGAGGCUGGGGCUCAGAUGGGAAACAAGAUGGUAUGAAUGGUGGUCGAGUAGGAGCACCCAAUAACUGGGGGUCUCCCAAUUUUAACUUGAACCUCAAUCCCAAUGCAAACCCUUCAGCCUGGCCUGUUCUGGGCCAUGAGGGUGGUGGCCUCAAUGGAGUCUCCAACUCUGCAUCUCUCCCACCAGGUAUUAAUGGUAAUGGAAACUUGGGAAACGGGAGCCUUGGAGGCAUGGAUAAUAGUGGGGGAGGUUGGGGUGGCAUGAUAAGUCCCAACGAAAAUGAUCGUCAACAACCGUCAAGCAACGCAAGCUUGUCCUUCAAAAUGGACCCUGCUAACCUUAAUACUGAUGGACCAAACCACACUAAGCAACAGCAGCAAGUGCAGGAGCCUAUGAGCCCUAUACAUGGAUUAACUGGCUGGGGAGGUCAAUCACCCACUGAAUCAUCACAGCUCAAUGGGGACACAAGUAGCUCUUUAUGGGGUGGUGGAGAAACAAAGACAGCUGACUCUCCCAAAGACUCAGGCUGGGACUCAACUCCUUCUGGAGGCCUUUCAGCCUGGGGCCGCCAAGGCAGUGGUGGAGGGAGUAGUGGAAGUGGUGGCUGGGGUGAUUGGGGAAAAUCCUCUGGGGGUGGAGAUGGAUCUAAAGGCUGGGACUCAGUAGACGCUGGUAGUUCCGGUUCAGGCCAAGAGCAGAAACCAUGUUCAUGGGGCCAGCAGCCUGGAACAGCCCCAGCAAGUGACGGUAGUGGAGACAGCAGUGAAGGUCGAUCCCAACACAGAGACAGGUCCUCCAGCAUGGAUUACACGCCUGUGCUACCACGGCAGGACCUGGACCCUAGGGUGCUUAGCAACACAGGUUGGGGACAGACCCCCAUUCGACAGCACACAGUAUGGGAGAUGGAAGAAGCCAGUUCUGAUGAUGGGAAGAGUAGCAGCAGCUCAGACACCAUAGUAAGCUCCGGCUCUAGUGGUGGACCCUCAUCUACCAAUGGCGGCACCAUCAACCCAAACAUUGGCACCAGUCAGAGGCAUGGUUCUGGGGUAAAGAGUGACACAGAAGACUCAUCAUCCUCUGGCUGGGGACCCCCUCCACCUCAGCCAAUCCAGACUGGAUCAGGGUGGGGAGAACCUCAACAGUCACUCAGCAAAGCCCCAAAUGGUACCACCAGUAGCUGGGGAGACCCUUUGCCUACCAAUGGUCCUAAAAGUGGAGGUACGCCAUCCUGGGGUUCUGAGGACAAGUCACCAAAGUGGGCUGAUGGCCCCAUGAAAAGCCAGCCUACUAACUGGGGAGAAGGCCCCAAAAGCUCCCAUGGUUGGGGAAGCAGUAAUGGUGGCUCUAAUGGUCCCAGCACAGGCGAUUGGGGAGAUCCAGCGGUCAAAAACAAUGGAUCCUCCAGCAACAUGUGGGAAGGAGAAGGAGGGAAUGUAGGAAAUAGUGGAUGGAAGGAAAGUCCCAGAGGUGGAAAUAGAGGAGGAGAUAGAGGAGGAGAUAGAGGAGGAGGCAGCUGGGGCAAGUCUGCCCCUGCUGUGAGUAAUAGCAGCUGGGUGGAGACCUCACGUGCCAAUGGUCCAGUACAGGGAGGCUGGGCAUCUUCUAAGCCCCAGGAAAGCAGCAGUAGCAGUACUGGCAGUGGAGGAGGUGGCAGCAUUGGUUCUUGGGGUGGUCCUGGUUCUGUGAAACAGAACACCUCUAACUGGGGCAAUGUCAGCAAACAGGACCAGGGCACAGAUCCCACUGGCUGGCAAGAGCCCUCCCCUCCCUCCAUUCGCAGGAAGAUGGAGAUUGACGAUGGGACAUCCACCUGGGGUGAUCCCAAUGUCUACAACAAAACUGUCAACAUGUGGGAUCGCAACAAUCCCAAUGGUAACCCAGCCAACAGUGGCCCUCCUCCCAGUAAGAAUGGUGGAAUGAUUAUGCCCAACAAUAACAACAACAAUCACUCAGUCAGCCCUGGGAACAACAAUCACCAUCACGCUCACCAUAUGCACCACCAUCCCCAUCAUGGCCAACCCCCAACUCACCUGCAACACCACGGAAACAACAAUGGGUCAACCAACAAUGCUGCUUCACACCCAGGUGCUGGCCCCCAGGGUAGAUCUCCCCUCGCCAACCCAGGUUGGGGAGAGCUUCCCAGUGUUCAGCCCAAGUCGGAGCCUGCUUGGGGAGAGCCAGCAGCUCCAACGUCAACUGUUGACAAUGGUACCUCUGCCUGGGGCAAGCCCCAAGGGGGGGUAGGAGGGUGGGGAGACGGUGGCCACGAGUCCUCUGGACCCUAUGGCAGGGCCAAUGGACCCGCAGGUUCUGCACCUUGCAAGCCAGGCCCCAAACCUAUGCAAGAUGGCUGGGGAAAUGGAGGCGAGGAGAUGGGCAUGUCUAGCAGCCAAUGGGAUACCGAGGAGGGGGAUAUGUGGAACAGCCCCACCUCCCAGGAGAGCAGCUCUUCAUGCAACUCUUGGGGCAAUGGACCCAAGAAAGGCCCAAGCAAGGUGAAGAUGAGCAACAAGCCAGAUGAGGCCUGGAUCAUGAAUCGUCUCAUCAAACAGCUCACUGACAUGGGUUUUCCGAGAGACCCUGCUGAGGAGGCUUUAAAGAGCAACAACAUGAACCUUGACCAGGCCAUGAGCGCCCUGUUGGAGAAGAAGACGGACCUGGAUAAGCGGGGCAUGGGCAUGUCUGAUUACAGCAAUGGCAUGAACAAGCCCAUGAUGUGUCGGCCCUCAGCACUCUCCAAAGACCCCUCUGACCGCAACACCUUUCUCGACAAGGAUGUUGGUCUGUCAGAUGAUGCCCCCCCAUCACCGUUUCUGCCUUCCCCCAGCCUGAAGCUCCCCCUGAUCAACAGUAGCCUUCCUGGGCAGGGUCUGGGACAGGGCAACCUGGGGCUGGCGAUGCAAAACUUGAACAACAGACAGAUACCCAGUGGAAUGUUUGGCAGUAGUGGAGCAGCACAAACCCGGGCCAUGCAGCAGCAGCAGCAGCAGCAGCAGCAGCAGCAGCAGCAGCCGCCUCCUCAGCAACCUGUGCCACCUCUCAGCUCCUCCCAGCCUAGUCUACGUGCUCAAGUGCCUCAGUUUCUCUCCCCUCAGGUCCAAGCACAGCUCUUGCAGUUUGCAGCAAAAAAUAUAGGUCUGAACCCUGCACUUUUAACCUCACCAAUAAACCCUCAACAAAUGACCCUGUUGUACCAACUUCAGCAGCUGCAAAUGGCGUACCAGCGUUUACAAAUCCAGCAGCAGAUGAUGCAGGCGCAGCGCAAUGUUUCCGGGCCCAUUCGACAACAAGAGCAGCAAGUUGCACGUACAAUCACCAACAUGCAGCAGCAGAUCCAGCAGCACCAGCGUCAGCUGUACCAGGCGCUGCUGAUGAAGCAGCAGCAACUUCCCUCUCAUUCCUCCUCCUCUUCCUCCUCUGGUCUGCAUCCCCCUGGUGGCUCCGCUGGAGGUCAUGGCUCCGGCAAAACAACCCUGGACCCCUUUACAGGCCCACACCAGGCUCCGGGCCUCGUCGAUUCACUGCACACCAAAGAGCCACCCUCUUCGCCCAGCGCCUACAGCGCCUACCCUCUCUCUGGACUGAACCCAAACAUGAAUGUAAACUGCAUGGAGGUUGGGGGUCUGUCCCUGAAGGAGCCCCCUCAGCCCCAAUCCCGCCUGUCCCAGUGGACACACUCCAACUCCAUGGACUCUAGCAACUCCUCAAACAUGGAGAACCACCUCAAUAAGCAUGGUGCCAUUUCUGCUGCCUCUUCUCUGGGCCCCCCUGGGAAGCCCACCCAGCUGGAGGACUCAUACAGCCCUUACAAUCUUAUAUCCGGCUCUGAGCCCUCCACCAGCCAAGACAGUUGGGGCCAGGGCAAGAGCCCCAAUGAAAAGAUCUCUAAUGGGACCAACAUUAACUGGCCCCCAGAGUUCUGCCCUGGUGUGCCAUGGAAAGGCCUUCAGAACAUCGAUCCCGAAAAUGACCCCAACAUGACCCCUGGCAGCGUCCCCAGUGGUCCCACCAUCAACACCAACAUUCACGAUGUUAACCGCUACCUGCUGCGAGACAGGAAUGGAGGUAAAAUGUCUGACAUGAAGUCCACCUGGUCCCCAGGGCCCAUCUCCCAGAGCCAAGCCUCUCUGUCCCACGAGCUGUGGAAAGUCCCCCAGGGGCCGCGCAGCUCCACAGCUCCUUCUCGCCCCCCACCGGGCCUCACCCACAGCAAGUCCUCCUCUACCUGGGGCGGCAACUCACUGGGUCUGGGCCAAGGCUGGAGUGGCAACUACACCUCUGAGGGAACCACCUGGAGUACUGACAGCUCCACCAGGACCAGCAGCUGGCUGGUGCUGAGGAAUCUCACCCCACAAAUUGAUGGUUCAACUCUGCGGACCCUGUGCAUGCAGCACGGCCCCCUGAUCACAUUCCACCUCAACCUGACCCAGGGGAACGCCGUUGUGCGCUACAGCUCCAAGGACGAGGCCGCCAAGGCACAGAAGUCUCUGCACAUGUGUGUGCUUGGAAACACCACUAUCCUGGCGGAGUUUGCUGGCGAGGAGGAGGUGAACCGCUUCUUUGCACAAGGUCAGUCGCUAGGGGCAAACACCACUAGCUGGCAGGCCAACCCGGGAACCAAUCAAAACAGAAUGGGCGGGGCAGCGCAGUCCCACUCCAUUGGCCAAUGGGGCAACAGCGUUGGUGGAGGCAAGGUCAGCGGAGGCGACCUGCUGUGGGGCGGGGUGCCCCAGUACUCCAGCCUGUGGGGGCCGCCCAGUGGAGAGGAUGCCCGCGUGAUCGGGAGCCCGACCCCCAUCAACACCCUGCUGCCUGGAGACCUACUUAGUGGGGAGUCCAUGUAGGAUGACGCCACGACUCACUAACCAACCGACCACCGUGUCAUUUAAGCCAUCGGUGGUGGAUGGGGUGGAAAAAAAUACAAAACAAACAAAAAAUGUUUUAUAUGAACAGGAGCAAAACCCAAGCAAAUCAUGUGGCGAUAAUCAGUAUCAAUUUGAACUGUUUUGAACUGUGAAUUGUGAUUCAGGAGGACGGGGGUCCUUUCCACACAGACUGCAGACUCCAGUCCUUCUGUUUUACUUCUGUCCUUUUUUUUUAUGGAAAAACAGCAAGUUUCUUUUUUCCUUUUGGUAUUUUUGAAAUGCAUCAUAUAAAACAAAUGGAAAUGAGACACCACACAAAGAAACCUUUUAAGUAUUUUUUAGUUUUUCCAUAAGUAUACAUGACAUUCUGUCUGAAGUGUUUGUUGGAGAAGCAAUCAAAGCUGCCAUCUGAGACUUUCCUUUUCCCUCCAAAAGUCAAAAACAAAUCCCAAAAGAAGACUCAAAGCAACCAUUCCCAGCAUGCCUAUGGCCAAUGAUGUGGUUCGAAGACCUUUACUAGUUACGUUAUCAUUGUUUCCUCAGCACUAAUAUUAGCCUUAAGUGCUCUCUGGCCCAGGUCCUUCCCAUGCCGCCUAUUAUUUUUUUUUGAGUCUGUUUUGUAUCUGAAGAAAUGGCUGAAAUCUUGCACAGUUUCCCCUCUGAGCCAGCAAGUGGUACAGGACACGAUUGGUGACCAACUCUGUCACUGGGCAGUUACAGUAGAAGGCCUGGCCAUGUGACUGGCCCUCCCAAUCAUCAGCCUGAUUAUUUGAAUUUGUCUUCUCAAAAGGAUUGCUCAGCUAUUUUUCGCAUUUUGAUGUCUGUCACAACGUAUAAGCUGAGAGAAGAUUAUUUGUCCACCUCGUUGCGUGUCUCUGUUUUCAUACAUGACUGUGUAUUUCCGGUGGCACCUAAUCACUGACGUCUGUGAGCCCAGAUGCUUCUGGUCACCUUCAGCUUGGAACCCAGUCACUCACUGGUGCUUUGUUGAACCGUCUGUUGUUCAGCCCAGUGGACUGUAUGGUCAGCCAGUUUUCAGGGGACGGGGGGAGAAUACACAAUUUCACCAUCAUGACAGUUCAUUGUGCAAUAUACACCAUAGACUUCUCUUCCGUCCAUACUUGAUGUCCACCGGAGCUGGAUUCUCUAUUAUUUUUUUUUAAUGUUUUUUGGAUUGUUGCUGAUUGCAGCAAAAGACUUUGGAACUCGAAGAAGAAGACAAAAGAAAACACCUCACCCCUUUUCAUAACUUGGAUUCCCUCCAGGCUGCCAAUCCCCCUGAAACUGCUGGGAAAACUCUGCAAAGAGGAAGAAGCAGCUUUUUAACUGUGCAUGCAAGCAAACUGUACUGAGUGAGUGUAACUGGGCGCACACCAAUGCACACACUUCUUCUCUGCGUGCCACAGCCACACCCAACAGAGACUGAAGCUACAGUGGGAUUGGAUGGUUCUGGGUAUCUGGCACAAUACCAAAUAAGAGGGGUUUCUCCUAAUGCAGUAAACCUACGAGUGUUCCUUGCGUUUGGUACUGUAUGAACAGAAGAGACUUAAGACUUUUAUAAAUUCAAAGGGUUUUAUCAUAGCACUUAUGAAGAGCAAAUCGCUUCAACUGCAAUCCAAUAAAUCAAAAAAAAGGAGCAGCAGAAACAUCGAAAACAACAAGAAACCCUGCUCUUUUAUGUACUGUAUCAAUUUCUUGGACAUGGGUCUGGCGUUGUUCCUCUGGUAGCAGGAUGAAGGGAAACAAAACUCAAAUGUACCAUUAGACUUUGGGUGGGGGGGGGGGGGACUGCAGUCUAUGAUUUCCCCCCUCCCCCCUUCUUUGAACGUUAUCAAAGUGAAUAUCACUGUUACUCCAAAUGUUUUUGCCUUUUUCUGUUUGGAGGCACUAGACUUGCGACGUCAGCUGUCUCGUGAUGCCCGCUGGCCCGUCAGCCAUCCGGUCAGUCGGUGGGUGAGUCCGAGUGGGGCGGGGAGGUGGAGUGUCCACUGAGUGCCUCUAUGUUGUGGUCCUCUGGGUGUCAAGCGGCAGCCCCACUUCCUCCCGGGCUUCUCUUGAUCCUCCCUCAGUCCGGCAAGAAAGCGGCCCCUCCAAGACUGGCCAAUCACGGCUCACUGCCACACAUGGCAUCUCCAAUGGGGGCCCGCCACCACUCCAUCCUGCCGUCAUCCUGCUCUCUCUCUCCCCCAUCUCUCAGUUCUUUGACACAAAGAUCACUUUAGCUGGAAGAUGUUAUAGUCAUAUUUCUGGAAUUUUUGCCAGUGUGAUUUUUUUUUUUUUUUUUUUAAAUCAUUUGACUUUGUUUCCAAUGUGUUCAAUUGUUAUUUUUGUCUACAUGCAGUGGUCUACAAAAUGCUGGCUGCUGAACUAGCCCUUCACUGUUCAUAUGCAGAAACACUUUGGUCAGAGGUGCCUCUGUAUGUACAUCCUGUGUAUUGAAUGCAAAACGAGGAUCAAUACUACAGACCGUUAUUGAUUGUCUAUUUGGGUUUUUUUGUUUUUUUACUGAUCAUGCUUUUGUGUUUGACAGUAUUCUGUAGUACUUCCAGGUAGUAUCUUGAGAUGUGUAAAAAAAAAAAAAAAAAAAAGAAGAAAAAAAAAUGAGG